UUCAGAGUUCGUCUAGACGCAUACGAGCGGUACAUGUCGCCACAAUGGAGAGCAGUGGCAAUAGAGAUGAAGAAGCCGCGGCACUGAAACUGCAGACUCAUUUUAGAGGAAUGAAAGCGCGAGAAGAGUUACGGAGGAGGAGAGAAGAUGCUUACAGGAUGAGGUCUGAAGCUGCCGUCGUCUUGCAAAGUCGAUAUCGAGGAUACCGGGCGAGGAAAGAAUACAAGAGAAUUAGAGAAGAACGGAAAACAAGCGAAGGAGGAAAAGACGGUAGAGAAGAAGAGAAUUUAGAUUUGGAAUUUGUGGAAAAGGGAAGAGACUUGGAUGGAGUAGAGACAACAGGGAGGAAUGAAUUUGAUGCUUCUGUAGAUGGAAUGUGGAAUAAUGAUAAUGAAAGAAAAGAAGACACAAGAGUUGAAGUCGGUAGAGAGACAAACACAGAACCUGAGUCUAGUGUGCAAGGUGAGGAAUCAGAGGAGAAGGAGAAGAAGGAUGAUGAAAUAAGGAAUGAUUCACACGCUUUGCAAAACGAACGGUUACUACAGGAUAACAUAGUUGACACUCAACAGAAAGAAGUGAAUACAAGAGAGACAGAAAAAUCUAAUGAUGAAAGACAAAGAAAAUCUACAAAGAAAGUCAUUGAAACAUCAAGUGCUGAAAAACAGAAAGAUGAACAAUUAACUACAGAGAAGCAAACAACCGAAAAACUUGAUGCUAAAAGAUUAGAAGCUGAUAAACAUAACACCGAGAAACGUGAAACUGAGAGAAUAAAAUCAGAAAGAGUAAAGGCUAAGAAACUAGAAGCCCAAAAACCUAUGAUUGAGAGACAUAAAGCUGAAAGACUGAAGUCAGAAAGACAAAGACAAGGAGCUGAGAAACGUGAAGAUAAGAAAGAAGUGAACAGAGAUGAAGUGGAGAAGGUUGAGGAAGUUAGAGAAGAAGUAAAGCUACAAACCGAGCAAACAGAAAAUGAGAGACACACAGUUGGAGACAAAGAAGAGACACAGGAAGUUCAAGACUCGAUGAAAAAUGAAACGGCAGAAGCUGCUGCAACAAUAAUACAAAAGAAUUAUCGAGGAUAUCUUGUACGGAGAGAAUAUCCCAAGUUGGAGUCAAAGAAUCAAGAAAUCACAAUACGUCCAAGUCUUCACCCACCCAUGCUGAGCCAACAAAUAGUAGACGAAGUAACACGAGCUAUGGCAAUCAUUAUGAACCAUUCAAAAGGCACCCUGACUCAACAACAAGUUGAACGCACAAAUGCAUUGCAAGACAAGCCAGUCGAACAGUUGCAAAGAUGGAUGAGGCCAAAACAACAAAAAGAGGAAUUGCAACAAGUGAAGAGGAAGGAAGAUCACGUGGAGCUAAAACACGUAAAAGGAUACGCAAGGACAAAUUUGAAGAUGCCAACAAGACCAGACGGCAUACGGUCAUUGAAGGCGCCCACUUUGCAGCCACAUCCACUAAAGAAAACAACAAACUACCUUAGAACGUAUCUGAGAACGGUUGGAAGGCCCGAGAAGGCGAGCGCAGACAUUCGGUUACGGUUUAAGUGUAAUCCCAGACAGCAACCGCCUGAACUGACCAACAUCUGGGACAUCAAGAGACAACAUGAAAAUGGAAAACUUUCAAAGGUUGGUAAAGGUGUGUAUGGGUAUGAUACGUCUCUGGCUGCAAAUGCUGAUUCUCUGUGGGACAGUCAUGUCACAAAAUAUCGACAUUCAAUGCCACCCGAACCAUGGCAGGUGUUGCAUCAAAGCGGAUCGUAUGAAGAUCGUUUGUCAUCUGGUCUGUAUAGCAACGCUGUUAUGUCUGACUGGACGGCUGCGUCCAGUCUCCACUCAUUACAGCACACGUACAGUCAAAGUGCAGACUCGGACUUUUCUGGAGCGACGGUCAGCAGCGGUCUCAACGACUCGCCGAUGUUCAAACGAAACUUUAGCUUUAACGAAAUGUACAGCGCUGUGCGUGAAAGUACGGAUAACAAAUGGGUUACAGGGAGAGCUCCACAUAACGUGGCCGGCCGACGACUAGAACCGCUUCAACGAAGAACAGACAGAUGGGCUGCAAGGCCAAUGCAAUCGAAACAGACUUCGUCCAUGGGAUAUGCAGCACGUCACAAGAGUUUAGCUGAGAUAAACCCUCAAUUUUGAGAGAUCUCACACUGUAAAUCUGGUAUACAGAAUCAUGAGAAUCAGACAGAGAUUUAUAUUAUAGAAUCAGACAUGUUUCCGGGUACCGGUAAUUUAUAUUAAUAAGUGACUGUGCUGAUUGAAUUUAUUGAUAGUGUGAUGUGCAUGAUGGGAAAACGUAUCCGUUGCAUUUAGUUUAAAGACUUCCACACAACUUCACUAUACAAACAAAAUCAUGUACACAAAUCAGUAAAUGCCUUAAACAGUACAACCUUGAUUAUUCGGACGUUAGUGGAAGCUAAAUUGUCUGAAUGAUUGAAAUGAUAGUGUGAUGACUUCCUUAAGGCUCAGGCAUAAAUUGACGGUCAAGUAAAGGACAAGUGUUUAAUUAAAGCCACACAAAUAAUUACUCAUGGAAUGUGUUGACACCACAAUGUCACUGAUGCAAGAUGAGGCAAUCUGUGUGAACUUGAACUACCAUAUUCGCCUGUAAUAACACCCUGGGGGUAUAGAAAAGAA